AAUUUUCUUUCAGUAAGGGGUCAGCACCGACAAAAGAAAAGAAAAAGCAUAACCAAGAACUCAACAAAGCUACAAUCCAUGGAUCACUGUCCUACUCCUAUCCUAUGUUUUCAAACAAAACUAGAGUCCUUUCUCAAGCUCCCAUAGCUACAAUCCAUGGCGACUCCACCUCUUCUAUUUCUUCUUCUUCCUCUGCUACUCUUCAUUCUGUUACAGCCCUGGACCUUACAGCUUGUGCUGUCUGCCUCCAUAGUCAACUAUCUCCCUGGUUUCCAAGGUCCUCUGCCUUUUCAUCUUGAAACAGGGUAUAUCGGAGUUGGUGAAUCGGAGGACACCCAGCUUUUCUACUACUUUGUAAAGUCGGAGAGAAGACCAGACAAAGAUCCUCUGUUGUUGUGGCUCACAGGAGGCCCUGGUUGCUCUGCUUGGUCUGGCCUUGUCUAUGAAAUAGGUCCACUAAAUUACAAGAUAGAGAAAUACAAUGGAAGCCUACCCAAGUUGAUCUUAAAUCACUACUCCUGGACAAAGGUGUCCAAUAUAAUAUUUGUAGACUCGCCGGUUGGUACUGGAUUUUCAUAUUCAAAAACUUCAUCUAAAAAUCACUGGAAUGAUUUUAAACAACUCAACGACCUUUUUCAAUUUUUCAAAAAGUGGCUGAUUAAUUAUCCAGAGUUCAUCUCCAAUCCUGUUUAUAUUACUGGAGAUUCUUUCUCUGGGAUGAUUGUCCCUGCCCUUUGCCAACUAAUCUCAAAUGGGAUUAAGGAAAGCACCAUACCAUCUAUAACUCUAAAGGGAUACAUACUUGGGAACCCUCUAACAGACCAUUCAACAAACCAAAAUUACAAAAUCCCAUUUGCACAUAGAAUGGCACUUAUUUCUGAUGAACUAUACAAGUCCCUGGAGAAUAGUUGCCAAGGAGAGUAUAAGAACAUAGAUUCCAACAAUACCAAGUGUUUGAAAGCUUUCCAAUACUACCAAAAGUGCAUUUCAGGAAUUAAUGAAGCUCAUAUUUUGGAACCGGAUUGCCCUAAAGAUCGUUCUCUAAAUAAAAUUAGAAGAUGGUUGAAUCAAAUGAAUUCUCAAGUGUUUCUCCUUUCUGAUGAUGAUGAUGACUCACCAUUUCCUCCAUUCGGUUGUCGAAACUAUGAUCACCAGCUUUCUCGUUAUUGGGCUAACGAUGGUGAUGUUCGCAAAGCACUUCACAUAAGAAAGGGUAGUAUACAUGAAUGGCUGCGAUGCAAUCACGACCUAGGAGAUCAAUAUAAAGUAGACAUUGUAAGCAGCUUUCAGUAUCAUGUAAACCUUAGUGCUAAAGGCUACAGAUCUUUAAUAUACAGUGGAGAUCAUGACAUGGGUGUUCCGUUCUUGGCAACUCAAUCAUGGAUAAAGUCUUUAAAUUACUCCAUUGUAGAUGAGUGGAGGUCAUGGAUUGUUGAAGACCAAGUUGCAGGGUUCACUAGGAGUUACUCCAAUCAAAUGACAUUUGCAACUGUUAAGGGAGCAGGACACACAGCACCCCAGUACAAGCAAAAGGAAUGUUUUGCUAUGUUUCAAAGGUGGAUCAAUGGUAAACCUUUGUAAUGAAUUUAGCUCGAUAUUAUGUUUUAUUUAUUUCAAAAAAUUCCUUCUAAAAUAGCAACUAUAAAAAGAAUAAAGGAGAGAUUUAUAUAUAGUCUAUAUAUAUAAGUUUGUAAAAUUAUUUAUAUUAUCUACUACACAAUUAUGGCCAACACAUUUAAAAUGCGCUAGUCUUUCUUAUAUGAGUUUAUACAUUUUUGAAUCU